AAAAGGUUCAAAAAAAUACUGUGCUCUUGGCUCUUGGUCCUUGUUUCAAUUUUGUCUUUUUGAGUUGUGCUUGAGACGAAAGCUCCACAACUGAAGAUUAAAGAUGCGUUCCAAUAAUCCCAAACCUAAUUCCAAGAAAACAAAAAAUCGUAAAACCAAAAUCAACUUGGUCUUCGACGAAGAUAAGAGAAGAGAUUUUUUGACAGGGUUUCAUAAGCGAAAACUACAACGUAAAAAGGAAGCUAAAGAGAAAUUUGAAAAAGAUUUGAAAGAUGAACGUAAACGGAUCAAAGCAGAGGCAAAGGAAUCUUACAAAAAGUUAGUUGUAUCUCAUCGGCCAAUACCAGAACUAGAAAAUUUACUGAGUGAAAAUUAUGAGGAUGAUGAUGUGACUGUUAAAGUAGUUGAACUUUCAACCAAUGAUAUUGCCAUGAAAAACAAUUGGAUUGGGGCUAAUCAGCCAAAAUAUGAGGAAAAUGAGGAAAUAGAAUCAGAUGUACAGAGUGAUGCAGAGGAAAUACCUGGUAUGGAGCUGAAACAUAAAAAAGCAUCAAAAGUGAAAAAGAAAGAAGUUUCGAAAUUUGAUUCAGAAAAGGAUGUUAAAAAGGCACUUAAAAAACAAGCAACCAAAACUGUGAAAAAUAGUAAAAUUUUCCAAAUGAAGAAUAAGAUGGAAAGGCAAAAACAGAUGAAGAAGUCCAUCAAAAUGAAAAGACAAAGGAUUAAAAUUCAUGAUAAGAAAGGGAAACAUGGUCCAGGAAGUAGGAAAAGAGCUGAUAAACAUUAAUGGUUUUA